UCCGCGAAAGGAAAAUAAAUCGUUGGGGUCGUUCUUCCUUGCGCACAUCGCGUCAUUUCGCGAGAUCGCCGCUGACGCGCGCGCUAAGCUUGCAGCGUGUGCCAAACACUCCCCAAAUCACUUCCCCGAAACCCUAAUUCUCUUCUCAAAUCUCUCAAAAUCGCACUUGUCCUGCAAUCGUCCGACUGCUAAGCCGGAUUAUCCGUUGACUAGUUUUUGAGCAAUUAUUGAUACAUUUUAGUUUGAUUUGGAAUUGGAAUGGGGGUCGUUGAAGCGAUGCAACAUUCGGAAUCUUCGAGGCGAAUUGCUUCACUUAAUGGUAGUCAUUCUGAGGGGAGAUUGGGACGAUCCAUGGAAAAUGGAGAGUGCUCUUUCCGUGCUCCUAACUUAAAGAGGCGUACAGUCUCUGCGGUCCGUGAUUUUCCCCUGGGGUGCGGACGGUUUGGUCAGUUAAGGGAAAAUUUGAGACGACAUGAAGGGGCUGCUUCUGGGGGAAAUUUUGACAGUGUACCAACAGAAAAUUUGGUUAGUAGGGGUGAAAAUGGCGAUGCACGUGGGGUUGACAAGCUCGGGCGCUCAAAUGUUCAUGUGGAUGAGACUGACUUGAUGAAUGGUAAGGAUGUGGGUACUGUGGAGAGAAUUGAAUCAGUGGCAACCUUAGAGCAUGAAAUUUCUGAUUUGCCAAAUGACCAACAUGGGUUAAACAAUUGGAGACCGGUUGAAGAGGCAGCUUCUGUUGUUGCUGCUGAGGCUUUGAUUAGCGGGGGUAACGACGAUGAUGAACAAGGGAUUGAAGUGCGAAUGGUACCUGCUGGUUCGAUCAAUGAGACUGCAUUGACUAAUGGUAAGGCUUUUGGUACUGUGGACAGUGGAUUUAAAUGCAUUGCUGAAUGAAAUAUCUGAUUCGUUGAAGGACCCACUUCAGCUUGGUGUGGCUACACCAAAUGAAGAUAUGUCUUCUGUUAUGCCUGAUUCACCACCCAAUGGAUCCAUCUCCAUUUCUAGUGGAAAUGGUCUGGAGAAGACUGCAGUUAAAAAAUAUCCUCCUCGAAGAGUAGUAUCAGCCAUUCGGGACUUCCCUCCUCUUUGUGGAAGAAACCCUGCCCUGGAGGCGAGGAAUUUUGGUCAAGAGAGGUCCGCUAUGGAUGGCGAACCAUCAUCAUUGAACACAGCGAAGACUACUGUGAGACAAACAGGUGAGGAUGUUCAAGAUAGAGAGUUUCACAAGAGUGAAAAUGGAGGGGAUAUUUCUCUACUAAUUGGGGACAAGGUUCAACCAAAAAGCAAGGGACAUGCUGUACAAGAAUUGGAAAGGCACCAUGAUGUAAAUUAUGAGAUGAACGUGGUUUCAGAAGAUGCUAAAAAAAUUUACCAUGAACUUUCUCAAGGACGCUAUAUAUUCCAAGGCACGGGGAGUGUUGAACAUUCAGAGGAGAAAGUGGGGAUGGAGAUGGUGGUAUACCAUGGAAAGGAAAGUCCAAGCGAGACAGACUUAGGUAAACCUUAUUAUCAUAAUCAAUUGCACGAAGAAGAUUUUGUAAGAUCGGAAAUUACGUCGGAAAAAGCGGUUGUAAUGGGUUUGAUGACUGCGUCAAACUGUCCAUGGAGGAUGGGAAAAGUGGUUGACCUACAUAAACUAGAAGGUGGAAGUAGCGAAAGAAAACGAAAGAAGCUUGAUGUGAAAUGUCAGAUAGAAAGGUCUAAGGCUAUUUCCAGGAAAAAAGAUGACUCGGACAUUGGAGGAAAGUCUCCAAAGAAUAUUCUUCCUAUAUCACAAAUGAGUGCUUAUGAAGGUACACGUCAGCUUGUUGUCUGGGACAAGAAGGAGUAUUCUCUUGAGCUUGACCAGAAAGAAGACUUUUAUGUGAGUCCAAGAUCAGGUUGUUCUGAUGUAUGUCCUCCUCCUUUUGGUACUAGUAGUUCAACUAGCAAAGUUCGUGAUAAUACCCGAAACACGGUGAGGGAGACAUUGCGUCUGUUCCAAGCUCUCUGUAGGAAGCUCUUGCGGGAGGAAGAGGGUAAGUCAAAGGAAGGAGGAGUUCCUCGCAAAAGGGUUGAUUAUUCAGCUGCAAAGAUCCUCAAGGAUAAAGGAAAAUAUGUAAAUACGGGCAAACAAAUCUUGGGAACUGUGCCGGGAGUUGAAGUUGGCGAUGAGUUUCAUUACAGAGUGGAACUUACUAUUGUUGGCCUUCAUCGCCAGAUUCAGGGUGGUAUAGAUUAUGUAAAGCAUGGUGGGAAGAUCCUUGCAACCAGUAUCGUUGCAUCUGGUGGCUAUGCAGAUGAUUUGGAUAAUUCAAGUUCCUUGAUUUAUACAGGCCAAGGAGGAAAUGUGAUGAAUACUGAUAAGGAACCUGAAGAUCAGAAGCUUGAACGGGGAAACCUUGCUUUAAAGAAUAGUCUGGAUGAAAAAAAUCCUGUUAGAGUGAUCCGUGGCUCUGAAGAUGGAAGAAGUAAGACAUAUGUUUAUGAUGGACUAUAUUUGGUAGAGAAAUGUUGGCAGGAUAUGGGGUCUCAUGGUAAGCUUGUUUUCAAGUUUCAACUUGACAGAGUCCGAGAUCAACCAGAGCUUGCUUGGAAAGAAGUGAAGAAGUCCAAAAAAUAUAAAGUACGGGAAGGUCUAUGCAUUGAUGAUAUUUCAGGAGGGAAAGAGUCCAUUCCUGUCUGUGCUGUGAAUACCAUAGAUGAUGAGAAACCUCCAACAUUUGUAUACAUAACUAGCAUGAUAUAUCCAGAUUGGUGCCGCCCAGUUCCUCCCAAGGGUUGUACCUGUAUUGUUGAAUGCUCAGAUUCUGAGAAAUGUUCUUGUGCAGUUGAGAACGGAGGUGAGAUCCCAUAUAACUUCAAUGGUGCUAUUGUUGAAGCAAAGUCCCUUGUGUAUGAGUGUGGUCCUUCUUGUAAGUGUCCUCCUUCUUGUUACAAUAGAGUUAGUCAGCGUGGUAUCAAAUUUCAGCUUGAAAUCUUCAAAACUGAAUCGAGGGGUUGGGGAGUGAGAUCCCUAAAUUCCAUUCCUUCGGGAAGUUUUAUAUGUGAGUAUAUAGGAGAGCUCCUGGAAGAGAAGGAAGCUGAAGAAAGAACUGGGAAUGAUGAGUAUCUGUUUGAUAUUGGGAAUAACUACAGCGACAAUUCUCUUUGGGAUGGACUUUCAAUCCUCAUGCCCGAUGCACAAUCAAGUUCUCAUGGAGUUGUGGGGGAAGGUGGAUUCACCAUUGAUGCAGUAGAGUACGGCAAUGUGGGAAGAUUUAUCAACCAUAGUUGUUCUCCUAAUCUUUAUGCCCAAAAUGUCCUCUAUGAUCAUGAUGACACUAGAAUUCCUCACAUCAUGUUCUUUGCUGCUGAGAACAUUCCUCCUUUGCAAGAGUUGACCUAUCAUUACAAUUAUAUGAUAGACCAGGUUCGUGAUUCUAAUGGCAAGAUAAAGAAGAAGAGUUGCUAUUGUGGUUCUCCAGAGUGCACUGGCAGACUUUAUUGAGGCAGACAUCAGAGGAGAAUUCUGGGCUACUCGAAAGAGGUGAUUUCUAAUUACUGGAGGUAUCGUACUUGCAUAUUACGUAAUAACAUUCAGUCUUUGUACUCUAAUGAAUUUGCGUUUCAAAGAAAGUAAAUACUGUUUUUCUACCCCUUGGUGUUGGCUCUACGGUGUCAAAUGGUUUUGCUUUGUUAUAUAGGCACAGUAGGCAUUAAUCUUUAGGCUAGUAGUAUUACAUUUUAUUAAUGUACAGGGUUGUUAAUCAUCUGUCUUCAUCUAUUUUCUUUUACUUGUUCUCUUGAGGAAGAUUGUAAAUUUUGGUAAGAAAUGGUUAUCCAGUAAUUUUCGUAAGAAAUUAUGAUGAAGAGGGGGGCUCAUUGAUACGAGG